AUGCAAGAAGUGCUGCAGCAUGUCACAGUGAAUGCUGAUGGAAAGGUGAAUUUGAGUGAAUUCAUGUAUCGAGUCAAAACUGCCCAGUCCACAGCCCAAGGAGCAGAAAAAGCUGCUCAUGCUCCUGGACAUGUUCCCAAAGCCAGCUUGCUGAACUCUCUGCCAAUGAACAUGGUGCCGAAAUCCCUCCCAGGGAAGACAACCAGGGAACGUUCACACAUCGCUCAGAAGAGAAUUAAGUGCAAAGCAGCAAAGAAUUUGACAAAGAAACAACUGGAAGCAUUCUCCGAUGCUUUCAACUUCUUCCCUAAAGACCCAGAUGGCAAUAUUAACCUUCGCAGCCUGCAAAAGACCGCUAAGGAGCUGGGGAUUAGCUUAACCCGUCAAGAGGCGAACGAUGAGCUGCUGUACGCAGAUGCUGACAGAGAUGGCAAGGUGAACUUCUCUGACUUUCUGACCAUUGUUACUGACAACAAGCGUUUCAUGCAGGCAAUAGUCCCACAGAAAAAUUAUACAGGCAACUUUGACUCUGUCAAUGCCUCAGGGAUCCUGCUCUUUGAAGUCUUGUCAAAACUGGUGGAGUUGGCUGCUCUGCCCCAGAGAACUCUGCUUGAGAUUGUCAGGUACUACCGGCAGAAGUUUGUGAACUGCACUGGCCAAAAAGCCUGGAAGGAUUCUGACAGCUUAAUGUAUUGUAGAAAGAACCAUCGCAAAAUUAGAAAGGAUCAGGCUUAUGUAUCUUCCUUUGUAAAUGCUGCUCGCCUCUCCUUCAUGAAUGAUAAAGACUUAGCAGCUUAUGUGGAGAGCCUUAAAGCGUGUGUACCCCUUUCAGACAGCCCUUAUGCUCAGGUACCCAUCUUUCCGCUGAUUCCUAAACAAGAGGCAGUGGUAGCGGGAAGGCCAAAAAAAGAUUUGCAAAAGCUGGAGAGGCAGAGAAGGAAUGAACCAAUAGCUUCGUUUGAGAACCACUUCUUCCAUAAGAGAAACUGGGUACAGGAGGUAGCUGCACUGAAGCUUCCUGCUCACUUCAAAAAGCAGAGAAUCUCCCCUAGAGUCAACUCAGAGGUCCUGAACAAACCUUGUCACCUGAGAGCGAACAAACUGGACAAGAUACAAGCUGACAUGGACAGGGCAACCCAGCUGUACAGGCAGAGCCUGGCCCUGCACGAGCGCGCCAGGCUGCUGAAGCUGUGGCGGAGGAUCCGCGGCGGCCAGAUCGGCCUGGAGACGGGCAGCGAGCGCUUCCACCACAUCUUCUCCGUCUACUCCUGGUCCUGGAACGUGCGCCAGGAGCUGGUGACACCCGACGACCUCCGCAAGGUGGAUAACGAGCUCUACCGCCGCUCGCGGGGCUCCAGCGCCAGGGCGAGCCGGGCCGCGGCGCGGCGGAAGGGGCCUGCCGUGCGCCGCGGGCAAUAA